AGUGCGCCUUAAUGUACGGGCCGUAAUCUAUCGGUAAUCUAAACCAGUUUUUAUUAAUUAAUCCAAAUGGGAAAAGUAUUAGCAUUAUAAGUUCGAUAUAAAAGUCAGUGCCAGACAGUUCAAGUUUUAGUAUCAAAUCGAAAAUGCAGCUGAGUAUAAUAGUAUUGCUCCUGUGCUUGGUGGCCGUUGCAAAUUCACUGGCACCAAGUCAACUGGCAUCAAAAACCCCAUCGCCUAAUGUAAGCAAGGGUCAGCCGUCGUCCAAGGAGGAGAAACCCAGUUUGAAACCCUGCAAACCCAUCGAGACUGUGAGUUCAGAGCCAAAAGGACUAGGCAUCACUCCUAAGGUCGCAUCAAUUACUCCGGAAUCAGCUAAAACUUCUGGCACAACCGUGCAUAAAAGUCUGGAUGAUUGCGAACCCAUUCCCGAGGGUAUUGGAUCUCGAUUGAAUGCGAGAACUCUUCAAACACUGGUUAUAAAAAAUAAUAACAAACCCUCUUUUUAGUUGAGUAAAACUUGAAAAUCAUUAAAUAACAUUUAUAUAAGUUUUCUUUAAUAAUAAAUUAGUACAUACCAAGAAAACUUCUAAGUGAUCGAUUAAAGCAAAGCUGAUUUAACAA